AUGGAGAACAUCACCCACCACAUCGUGGCCAUUGAGGCCGUCCAUUGCCCAAUCCCAGAAUUCAAUCUACCAGGGCCUCAUACUCGCGCAGUCCACCGAUGGACAGACCCCGCAGAUCUACACAGCCGCAUCAAAGAUGCCACAAUCAUCGUGACAACAACGAUACGCCUGUCAGCAGAGGCUCUCAGCCCUGAAGUAACCCCAAAUCUCCGUCUUGUAGUAAUCAUGGCGACCGGCACAGACUGUGUCGAUAUAGCAGCUGCAUCCGCACGAGGAAUCCCCGUGUGCAACUGUCCUGGCUGUAACAUCGACAGUGUCAGCCAACACGCUAUUGGACUUUACUUCGCGACUCGACGGAAGUUCGUCGAACUACACAAUGCCACAGUUGCAGUUCCUGCGGAUUUAUCUCUUGAUACUGAAUGGAAGACGAAUGGCUCGUUACUCAGUCGGGUUCGUGCACCGGACGGACAGGCCCCGUUGCUGUGUAGCGAUGAGACACUCUGUAUCGUCGGGUACGGAUCGCUAGGUAAACGCAUCGAGGGCAUGGCACGGGGUCUUGGGAUGAAUGUGAUUAUCGCUGAACGGAAGGGUGCAUCUCCUCGAGAGGGCCGGGUUCUGUUCGAAGAUGGGUUGAAAAAGUCGACUGUGGUUGUUUUGUGCUUGCCGCGGAGUGCGGAGACGCUUAACAUGAUCUCUACAGCGGAGUUCCAGAUUAUGUCCCCACAUGCUGUGUUGGUUAAUGUUGCGAGAGGUGGAAUUGUCGACGAGCAAGCCUUGGUUGAAGCUCUCAAGGGAGGAGCGAUUUCAGGUGCGGCUACGGAUGUUUACGCGACGGAACCUGCUGGGAGAGGUGAUUCCCCGUUGAUAAGCCCGGAAGCGGCUGGGUUGAAUUUGGUGUUGACGCCUCAUCUUGCUUGGUAUUCUGAGAGGACUUUGCAAAACCUCCAGGCUGCGUUGAAGAGCACGAUUGAGAAGUGGUGCGCUGGUGAGAUUAUUAAUCAGGUGCGAUAG